UCAGAGCGACAGCAAAGACAUCCGCAUCCCAAGCAAAGCAACAGUGCUUGCCUUGUUCUCAUCCUACCCGCGUCCCCUUAGCUCCUCGAUACCCGUCUCGCCGAGCUCGGACAUCUCCAAAGGCCAGCACUUUGGGAGCGGAGCCGUUGCCGGUCCGGGUCAUCCAAGGCGCACGAAUAUGGCUUUCCAGCGGCGGCGCCACCGAUUGACUCCGGCGAUGCGGACCAAACCCGCAAUCUUUACCGCCACCUUGCUCGUCUUUCUUUUCAUUGCUUUCCUCUUCUUUUUCACACCUCGUCUCGAUGUUGACAGCCGCUCGCUCGCCGAGCCCUUCCACCGCAUCCGCGAUCGACCGAGGCGGGGCUUUAGGGAUCUACAGAGGGAACAUUAUCCUGGCAAUAAGAAGAAUGCCUCUAUUGAUGCGCAGCAGGAGGUAUCCCAUCCAGCGGUUUUUCAUAUUCCAAAUGAGGGAGAAAAAACCAAGUAUGAUCUUUGGAGUUCGAAGUUGUCCAAGUACUAUUAUGGUUGCUGCAAUGCUAGCAAAAAAUUUGCUGCUGCUGAAGUCAUUACUCUUCCAAACAGAUAUUUGAUGAUUGCAACAAGCGGAGGUCUGAAUCAACAAAGGACUGGAAUAACUGAUGCUGUUGUUGCAGCGCGCAUAUUGAAUGCGACUCUUAUUGUUCCGAGGCUUGAUCAGAGAUCUUUCUGGAAAGAUUCUAGUGAUUUUGCUGAAAUAUUUGAUGUUGAUUGGUUCAUCUCGGCUCUAUCAAAAGAUGUGAAAAUAAUAAAGCAGCUUCCGAGAAGGGGAGGCAAGGUCAUUAGAGGACCAUAUACUAUGCGUGUGCCAAGAAAAUGCAAUCCAAGAUGUUACCAAACCCGAGUCUUGCCUGUUAUGCUGAAGAAACAUGUUGUUCAGCUUACGAAGUUUGAUUAUAGGCUAUCAAACAGGUUGGAGACUGAUCUGCAAAAGCUUAGAUGUAGAGUAAAUUAUCAUGCUUUAAAAUUUACUGAUCCAAUUCAAAAUAUGGGCCAUACGUUAAUGAGUAGAAUGAGGACAAAGAGUAAGCAUUUUAUUGCUCUCCAUCUCAGAUUUGAACCCGACAUGCUUGCGUUCUCUGGCUGCUAUUAUGGUGGAGGAGAUGAAGAAAGGAGAGAAUUAGGAUUAAUCCGCAAACGGUGGAAAACUUUACAUAAAAACAACCCUGACAAGGAGCGUAGGCAUGGGAAGUGCCCUCUUACACCUGAAGAGGUAGGCCUCAUGCUUAGAGCUUUGGGCUUUAGCAAGGACGUCCACCUCUAUGUGGCUUCCGGCGAAGUAUAUGGCGGUGAAAAUACAUUAGCACCCUUGAAAGCCCUUUUCCCCAAUUUCCAUUCAAAAGAAACUUUGGCCAAAAAGGAACUGGCUCCAUUCUUCCCAUUUUCAUCUCGUAUGGCUGCUCUUGAUUUCAUUGUAUGUGAUCAUAGCGAUGUUUUUGUAACGAACAACAAUGGCAACAUGGCCAAGAUUCUUGCUGGUAGGAGGAGAUACUUUGAUCACAAGAGGACUAUACGGCCUAAUGCCAAGAAAUUGUAUUCUUUGUUCUUGAAUCGUUUCAACAUGACUUGGGAUGCAUUUGCUGCAAAGGUCCGAAAAUGUCAGAAAGGAUUCAUGGGGGAGCCUAAUGAGGUAAGGCCUGGAAGAGGCGAAUUUCAUGAAAAUCCGUCGAGUUGUAUCUGCGAAAAUACAGAGGCAAAGUUGAGGGCUUCACCCAUUUUUGACAAUCCUGCUGACAAUGAAGUGGAAGAUGAACGAGAAGCUGAUGAGGAUUCUGAAACUCCUGAUCUUGAUGAGGAAGGGGAAGAAGCCAUUCUACCAGAAGACGGCACAAUCAAUGAAACUGAAGCAGGUGUUGAUGAUCUUACAGUGAGAGGCCCAGAGGAACAGGAAUGGGAAGAAAUAUUUUCAGAUUAGUAACUUUCUUUUGAAUUGAAUUUUACCUUUUAUUUUAUUCAGAUUUACAUUCA